AAUUGCUUUGCUGAACUUGAAAUGAAAUACAAACUUUGGUGACCCCAAAAGCAUAAAUGAAAAAUUGUUUCAAUGAUCCUUAGCAGUAGCAGUGGCAGACUUAGCCGCAACACACUAAUCUCUCUAAUCAACAAAGCUUGCACCUUCCCUCACCUUACUCAAAUCCACACCCAACUCAUUCUCAAUGGCUACCAUUACGACAUUGCCACCAUCACCAAACUCACCCAAAAACUCUUCGACUUCGGCGCCACGCGCCACGCACGCGCCCUCUUCUUCUCUGUUCCUAAACCCGACAUUUUCCUCUUCAAUGUCCUUGUUCGUGGCUUCUCCCUCAACGCUUCACCUUCCUCUUCCAUUUCUCUAUAUGCCCAUUUGCGCCGCAAUACUAAUCUUGCUCCGGAUAAUUUCACAUAUGCUUUCGCCGUUGCUGCUUGUUCUGGCGAUAAGCACUUGAUGCUGUUGCAUGCUCAUUCCAUUAUUGAUGGGUAUGGUUCUAAUGUUUUUGUUGGUUCUGCUCUUGUUGACUUGUACUGCAAGUUUUCGCGUGUUGGGUUUGCAAGGAAGGUGUUUGAUGGAAUGCCUGAGAGGGAUACUGUUUUGUGGAAUACUAUGAUUAAUGGGUUGGUUAAAAAUUGUUGUUUUGAUGAUUCUAUUCAGCUUUUUGGGGACAUGAUUGCAGAGGGAGUGAGGUUGGAUUCGUCGGCUGUGACUGCUGUGCUUCCUGCUGUUGCUGAGUUGCAAGAGUUGAGAGUUGGGAUGGGGAUUCAGUGUUUGGCAUUGAAAAUUGGGUUUAAUCGUUGUGAUUAUGUGCUCACUGGUUUGAUUUCGUUGUAUGCCAAAUGUGGGGAUGUAAACACGGCGAGGUUGUUGUUUGGGAUGAUUAGUAAACCAGAUUUGAUUGCUUACAAUGCCUUGAUUUCUGGAUUUACUUCCAAUGGUGAGACUGAAUGUUCUGUGAAACUUUUCAGAGAGCUGCUUUUUUCUGGUGAGAAAGUCAGUUCAAGCACAAUUGUUGGUUUGAUUCCAUUGCAUUCUCCAUUUGGUCAUCUGCAUUUGGCUUGUUCUAUUCAUGGUUUUUGUGCGAAAUCUGGUAUUAUUUUGAAUCCGACUGUUUCAACUGCACUAACUGCUAUAUACAACAAACUCAAUGAAAUAGAUUUGGCUCGCCAGCUAUUUGAUGAAUCGCCUGAGAAAACCGUGAUUGCUUGGAAUGCUAUGAUUUCAGGUUAUGCGCAGAAUGGUUUGACAGAUACGGCCAUCUCUCUUUUUAAGGAAAUGAUGAAUACUGAAUUCACUCCAAAUGCAGUUACCAUUACAACUAUCCUUUCAGCUUGUGCUCAACUCGGAUCUCUAAGUUUCGGAAAGUGGGUCCAUCAGUUAAUUAAAAGCAAAAAUCUUGAACCAAACAUUUAUGUCUCAUCGGCUCUAGUUGGCAUGUAUGCCAAGUGUGGGAACAUUUUAGAGGCAUGGCAGUUAUUUGACUCAAUGAGGGAAAAGAAUACUGUCACUUGGAAUACUAUGAUUUUUGGUUAUGGACUCCAUGGAUAUGGGCACGAAGCACUUCAGCUUUUCAAUGAGAUGUUGAAUUUGGGGUUCAAUCCAUCUGCUGUAACUUUUCUUUCAGUCUUGUAUGCUUGCAGUCAUGCUGGCUUGGUAGGCGAAGGAGAGGAAGUUUUUCAUACUAUGGUCAAUAAAUACAGGAUUGAGCCCUUAGCCGAGCACUAUGCAUGCGUGGUAGACAUUCUGGGGAGAUCUGGACAGUUAGAAAAAGCUUUGGAAUUUAUAAGGAAAAUGCCUGUUGAGCCGGGUCCUGCUGUCUGGGGUACAUUGCUUGGUGCUUGCAGGAUUCACAAAGACACCAACAUAGCCCGCUUGGCUUCAGACAAGCUAUUUGAACUCGAUCCAGGGGGCGUUGGAUACUAUGUCUUACUUUCUAAUAUAUAUUCGGAGGAGAGAAACUUCCCAAAGGCUGCUUCAAUACGACAAGUUGUUAAGAGAAGAAAACUGGCUAAGAGUCCAGGGUGCACUCUAAUUGAGGUUAAUGGGACCCCCCAUGUCUUUGUCUCUGGUGAUCGUUCUCAUUCUCAUGCCACGGAUAUUUAUGCAAAGCUGGAGAAGUUAACUAGCAAGAUGAGGGAGAUGGGGUAUCAGUCAGAAACAGUACCUGCUUUGCAUGAUGUUGAAGAAGAGGAAAAAGAGCUCGCAUUUAAUUAUCAUAGUGAGAAGUUAGCCAUAGCUUUCGGCCUUAUUACCACUGAACCGGGUACCGAGAUCAGGAUCAUCAAGAAUCUUCGGGUUUGUUUAGAUUGCCACACUGCAACUAAGCUGAUAUCAAAGAUCACAGAAAGAGUGAUUGUAGUUAGGGAUGCUAAAAGGUUCCACCAUUUCAAAGAUGGGAUAUGUUCUUGCGGCGAUUAUUGGUGAAGCUGAACUAAUAUUUUUUCAUCAGUUAAAGUUAUACGAGGCAGAAGCAUUAUGCAACCUUUUGCUUUCAUAUUAUUUAUCUUAUGAUCAUUUGAUCUGGAGUCUGGACCAUCAUGCGACCCUCCACUUGAGAAGCACAACAUUUCACAACACUGGUUGCAUAGAGGAAGUUUUAUCUGUGGUUUUACCUCAUUGUGUCCAUGGAUGAUCAAGCAUGCAGUUAUAUUUACAACAAAAUUUAUGUUCAAACUGGGACAAGGGUGUGUGUGCAUUUAAGAACAUACCAUAGUUGCAGAAACAUCUUUCAGAAAGGGGAAUUUUCUUCUGCGGAGGCUGUAGAUGAAAUCACUUGGGGUGGAAGAGUAGGCAUCUCACAUUUUGUUUUCAUAACAUGUAUACAACUGUGGAAACUGAAUGUUCUUCCUGAUAUACUUGACGUUUCAAACACAUUUAUUAAUUUUUGUGCUCAAAUUCAGAUA